AAAAUGAAUUUAUAUCUGUGCGCCAUAGCACUGCUGCUGUUCAGUUGCCUUUUGGGGACCAACGGUCGGGCAGUGGACACUGUGGACGAUAGUAAUGAUGAUACUGAGAACGAUAACGAUGUGGACAAUUCCAUUGAGGCUGAGGACAAGCACAAAGGACGUCCCUUCGAAGUUGAUUGGCUGAAAUUCACCAAUACUCCGCCCACCAAAAUGCAACAAUCACCGGGUGCCAUAGUGGAGAUUGCCUGCGAAAUGAUGGGCUCCCAAGUGCCCACCAUUCAAUGGAUUGUCGGUCACAUGCCGCUCUCAGAGAUUGAUAAUUUGGAAUCAAAUCGCGUCAUGGAGAGUGCACCCAGUGCGAUAGUGAGGGUCAGAUCGGUGCAUAUCAUUGACCAUGUACUGAGUGAGCCAAGAAUCUAUACAUGCAUUGGACGCACGGGUUCAAAAACUAUAUAUGCCAGCACUGUGGUUCAUCCACCGCACACAAAUGUGGGUGUGCGUGAGAAACAGUUCGCUGGACCACAGAAGCCUCGCAUUAUCUACACCGAGAAGACACAUUUGGAUUUGGUUGGCUCGAAUGUGUUGCUGCCCUGCAAAGUGCAUUCUCGUCCACGCUCUGAGAUCAUUUGGGAGAAUAAUGAGAAUAAAGUCAUCAAGCAGAGCCAUCGAUUCAAGGUCUUGCCAACGGGAGAGCUUCUUAUCUCAGACCUCAAAUGGGAGGAUAUGGGCAACUAUAAAUGUAUUGCGCGUAAUGCAGUCGGUCGAGAUUUUGCCGAUACUUUCGUUUAUCCCGUACUUAAGGAGCAGGAUUAAAUAUUCCACAAACAAAACA